AUGUCAGACAAUAACAUGCUAUUGGGUGUGGAGCCAUCCUAUGAAGAUAUUGCACCAGAUAUUGACUUACAUAAGGACCCCCGAGUGCUGUGGCUCAAGGAACGUAUACUUAGCUACAUUGGCAUGGAUGAUGAUGAACUAUUCUACAACAUGAUGGAAGGGGAAAACAGGAAAAUGCUGGUUUCAUUCUUGACUGUGCCAUUAAAACCAAAUGAGCUGUCAUUAGAUAAAAGAACCUUGUAUCUGCAGAAAAUUAUAGUUGAUAAACUUAUUCAUGAAGACAAGGAGUUUACUGAGUGGAGAAUCAUACCUCCACCACCACCACCUCCAGUAUCGCAAAAAAAGAAGAAGGGUAAGAAAGAUAAAGAACCUGAACCAGAAAAUCCGUCUAAAGCUGAUGGUGGCAAGAAAGGCGCGAAAGGCACAAAGGGAGCAAAAGGCAUGAAAGGCACUAAAGAUAUUGAUCCGGAUGCAGAUGAAGAACAUGGAGACAUAGAGACAGCAGCCGGGGCAGUAGGCGACAUGCCUGACAGUGAAGACGAGUACCAAACGGACAGAGAUACCCAGGUCGAGGAAGAUAAACCAUCUAAAGAUAUCUAUUCAUUUCCACCUCCACCGGAAGAUCUAGACCCAAAAGUGGACGGAACAUUGGAGUAUUACACUGUUAUUAGAUCAGUACCACGUAUAAUCAAAUACCCGAAGCUAAUUCCAAUAUUUGGGGCAUUUACCCCCCAAGUGAUCCAACGCAAUCGUCGCUAUCUGUACUUUGUGCGGCAAACGCCUCAAGGCAUCCCUCUGGCUGAAACAGACAGACUGACGAUGCUAACCAUGUCUCAGUAUAUAUUAGUUGGUUCUACUUCUGGAAAAGUUCUGACAAGUUUGGGACUUCAACUACGUGAGACGUUCAUCCCGCUGUUUGAGAAGCAGUUUCGUGAGACUACUGUACUCAGCGCAGUGUCGAAUCACGACGUACUGUCACGUCAAAUCUCGUACGCCGGUGACCACCACAACAAGGAUGAGACCGCCUCGCAGGUAAAUUACCUUCGACCAUCCGACUAUCGUAGAAUGUCAAAUAUAGCAAGAGGAGAAAAUGCAGAAAGAAGGAUCAAGAACAUGCGGUCUACUUCCACAAGCGCAAUACGAGUUGCACACACUAGGAAGCAGAGUGCCUGUGAGGGGUUUUCAUCGUUUGAAUCUAUGACCCCGUCGAGUACGCAGACGUCCACUGCUGAAGAGGUCAUCACUGAUAUAAGUGGUCUUGUGGGCAUCGUAAACUGGACAAUAGAGCAUAUCGAAGGGGAAAUCCAUCUCCCCAUGCCAAAUAUUAAAUCAUUGGAAGAACAUCCAGGUCACAUGGAGUUUGAAGACCCUGCACUUACAGCACAACUCGAGAAUGCCGUGACUAUGUGGCAAUCGCAUAUUGAUACCACUAUAGCCGCUUGUUUGGGGAAGACUCGCGAAGGAGAAGGUCCAGUUGCUGAGUAUAAAUACUGGAGAGAGCGUGACGCAGAAAUCUCACUCCUGGUGGAGCAACUGAAGCAGCCAAUGGUCGUUAAAAUACUAUCAAUAUUGCAGACUGCAAACUCAGCUUAUAUGGAGGGAUUUAAGCGUCAUAAAGAAAUGUUAUUGGAACAGUACAACUUGGCUGGAGAUAAUCUGAAGUUCCUGUCCACGUUGAUGCGUUUCUUCACCGUAAUAGAAGAUGAGUCGCCGCUACAACAAGUGAUAGAAAUACUUCCUGAACUGGUGGAGAGUAUAUACAUGAUGUGGGUACUGUCCAAGGGAUACCGGACUGAUGAAACAAUGGUACCUCUACUCUCCAGAAUCUCGUGGGCGCUCUGUGACAAACUCGAGAGGUUCCUUAACGUGCACAAGUUGUUUGAUAAACCAAACGAGGAGAUCUUGGCACUCGCCCGCGCUGGGCAAAAGAUAAUGGAGAUAUGGCAUGAGCUGUACAAGGAGACUCGUCGGAACAUCGAACUGAGUGGGAAGGGAGCACGUUGGGAAUUCGACCAGCCUCUGCUGUUCACACGAACCGACUACAUUGGCACCGUAGCCAGGGAUCUUGGGGACGUUGUACAGGUUUUAAUUGAUUUCGAGCGCAUAUUCGGCCUAGAACUAAAGUCGAUCAUCAGCGAUCCAACCCAGAUCGACGAUGUACGCAAACGGGUGAAGAACCUGGUAUACCCGAUCCGUACGAUCGAUUUCAGUGUAUUCGUGUUCGACAAUAAGGAAAACUGGGAUGUGAUUAUGAACGAUUUUUGGAACGCAGUGCGCUAUUUAGAAGUGGAGGCUAAGAAUUACAUAAACCAAAGCUUCGGGAAUUUACGAUCGGCAGAAGAGGCGUUAGCAGUGCUGCUGAAAUUCCUAGAGUUCGACACACGGGAGUCGAUCCGCCAUCAGCUCUCUACCAAGUUUGACCUCGUCAUGCGACAGUUCAUCAAGGAAAUCACGGCAAUAGAAGACAAGUUUACCAGAUAUCGGAAAAGUCCGCCUCUGCUUCGAAAUCAUCCUCCUGUAGCCGGCGCCAUUUAUUGGGCGAGAGCUCUCUUCAACAAGAUGAAACAACCCAUACUGAAAUUUCAAAAGGUACCGGAACUAAAUGAUUGUGAACAAAAAAAAGAAGCUUUCCUGCAAUACAAGGCGUUCUCGAAGAUUAUCAAAGAGUAUGAAGAUUCAAAGUACCAGGAGUGGGUGAAUGACGCCUCACACUUUGUCGAUAAUAUGAUGAAGAGGAACAUACUCAAGGUUGUGUUCAAGAAAGAAGAUGAACUUGCUCCAUCUGGCGGUAGAGGGAUGAAACUAACGGCGGCGGGAAAAGCUCACGUUGCUAAGAAGAAAGCGUCGCUGCAGUCGCUACGACCGGCAGACGUAGUACACAAGGGGAUCGCUGACAAACGAUGCAGGGAUAAAGCGCUGAUGCUAAUGAGAAUCCCAGGGCAACACUACGAGAAUGUCAAGUCACCGAGUUCUAUGUCGCUGUUAGCGAAAGAGGGACUGACGGACGUGACGUGGCGGGAUCUCACAGUUCACAAACUGAUGCAGGAAUAUGAGCUGGAGUUUCAACCAAAUUUUGAUAAAGAAAUAUUCCUGAUAAUACACGAGGCGGAGCUUAUGGAACAGCUUGGCUUUGACCUACCUUCCAACAUCCGUGACGUGGCCAUGCAAAAGUCUCGACUGUACUACGAAUUGGAAGCAUUAGAAGGCGUUAUAUCGAAGUACAAUACAAGCACGACAUCACUGAGUCCUUCUGAGACGCACCUGAUGAAGCGCCACCUGCUGGACAUGGAGCGACACAUCCUGCCGGGACUGACGCGCGUCACUUGGACCGCGCUCGGUAUCAGCGACUACAUCAAAGACAUCACUAAAGGCGAAAAUUCUCUACAAGCGGUGUACCAACAACUAAAAAUGGUGGAAAAAGAAAUUCAAUUCUUGAUUGAUCAGUUGGAGCAGUUCGAUCUAUUCCCCUUGGUCCGGCCGCAGGAUUACGCAGACCCUGAGACUGGCCACCCUGACGAUACGUGGCUUUACCCUUGCAAGACAUAUUUCGUAGAAGUGGAAAACGAGAGGCUGGAGCGCGUCGCAACCCUGUCUCGAAUAUACGAACGCAUCGGUCCGAUAUUGAUGAAACUCGAGUACUUAAUCCUGGGCUCCAGCACCGGACAGUCCCACGUCAUGACCUCGUACUAUACAUACUGGGAGAAGAAGAUAUUCAAGUGUCUAGUUAGACUGACGAUAGAAAACCUAGAGCAGUUCCAGCGAAUGCUAAGCGAGAAGACGGCCUUGUUCCAAGUAGACGCGGUGUUGGUUCCGCCCGACAUCACGAUGCGUCCCACCGCGGCCGAGUGCUGCAACAUACUUCAGUAUAACAUCAAACACUUCCUCAACAGACUAACAACUUUCCCGCGUUGGAUGAAGAAGAGUUGCUUGCCGUGUCCACCGCAGCGCAUCGCAGAGGCAACUGGCAACGAAUUCUAUGUGUUCUCGUUCUUUGAGGACGUACUUCGAGUGGUCGCUGUCAACGAUCUCACGCUUCUCAUACAAGACACCAUAUAUCGUCUCACGCAGGACAUCAACACUUAUAUACAGAAAUGGCAUAAAUACCAACACCUGUGGGCGUUCGAUAAGAACUUAUCAUGUGAGAAGUACAUACAGAAACACGAUCAGAUCCACAAGUACGAUGAGAAGUUCUUCUUCUUCGAGGAUAUCAUCACUGAGCUGGACUCUCACGUGAAGUUUGUAGACGUGGGUGCGAUCAGAGUCAACCUGCGUACCAUCAUACGACAAGUGCAAGAUCACGCACAGGAAUGGAAAAACAUAUUGGGAAAUUGUGUUUCCUCAAAAACUAGGAUGAAUAUGUACGACUUAAAAAAUCAAAUUGAGAGCCUGCGUAUGACAAUGAACAUGAACAUCAAAGGGCUGGAGGACUUCAAGCUGGUGAUGGCAACCAUUACCCAGGUCCAAGCUAUGACCAUCACCGCUGAGGUGAAAUAUCGCGGUAUGCAGGAGACGUUCCAUAUGCUUCGGCAGCACGGUAUCGACGUGUCAGAUGAAGACCUCCAGUUCGCCAAAGGCCUUGAAUCCUCCUGGGGCAGUCUGUACCAGACAUCACUUUUCCGUGGCAAUACACUCGAACAAACCAAGGAGAAGUUCUCCAAGCUGAAUGUAGUAGAAAUUGCAAACUUCUUGAAGGAACUCGACGAAUUCAUCGAGAAGUUCGAUCUUGAAGGCCCUGCUAUUGUGGGUGACGAUAUGGACAAGGGACUUCUCUUAAUGGAGGAGUUUGGAAAAUACUUCGACGAGCUCGAAUCCCGGAAGCGAACGCUGCAAUCAGCAGAACAACUAUUUGACAACCCGCUGGCAGAUUUCUCAAACUUUAAUCGUGCGAAGAACGACUUUCUCGCAAUGGAUCAAAUCUACAAGAUAUAUAAGGCUCAGAAGAAUGCUAGAGAACUAUGGGCAAAAACGCUAUGGGUCAAUCUGAACCCACAAGCCCUAGUUGACGGUAUCGAGCAAUUCUUCAAAGAGUACAGAAAAUUGCCAAAAGCGGUCCGUUUAACGUCCACCGGUCUGACAUUGGAUAUAAAGAUGAAGCAAUUCAAAGGGGUUGUGCCGUUGAUGGUGUCGCUGAAGAAUGAAGCCAUGCGCGAAAGGCAUUGGAAGGAGUUGAUGGCAAAGACCAAUCAGGAUUUCGACAUGUCACCGGAUCGGUUUACAUUGGAGAAUAUGUUCGCUAUGGAGUUACACAAGUAUCAAGACGUUGCUGAGGAAAUCGUAAAUCACGCUAUUAAAGAACUGGCAAUCGAGCGCGGCGUCCGCGACGUACAGGAGACGUGGGCUUCGAUCUCGUUCAGCGUGACGCGCCACUUCAGCCGUGGCGAGGACCGCGGCUACACCCUCAACCCUUGCGACGAGGUCAUCGUCAAACUCGACGACGACGCCAUGUCACUGCAGAGCAUGGCGGCCUCGCAAUUUAUCGGGCCGUUCCUAUCGGUGGUGCAGACUUGGGAGCGGCGGCUCUCGCUAAUAUCGGAAGUGAUCGAGGAAUGGAUGGCGACGCAGCGCAAGUGGUUGUAUCUGGAGGGUAUCUUUGUGGGUGGCGAUAUACGUGUACAGUUGCCCGAUGAGGCGAAGAAGUUCGAUAAUAUCGAUAAAGUUUUUAGAAAGAUUAUGUUGGAUACAGCUAAGCGACUGAACGUAGUUGAUUGCUGUACAAUUAGUGGUAGACUUGAGGAAUUCAUCAAUUUGGGGUUGGGACUCCAAAAAUGUCAAAAGUCACUGAAUGAUUACUUGGACUCGAAACGUCGCAUAUUCCCUCGAUUCUUCUUCAUAUCGACAGAUGAACUCUUGUCCAUCCUAGGUAGCAGUGAGUGCAGUUGCGUACAGGAACAUAUGAUAAAAAUGUUCGAUAACAUAAGGGCUUUAGAUUUAUACGUGGAUCACACCAACCGACCAGUGGCCACCAAAAUGAUAUCCGCCGAAGGAGAGAUAAUGGACUUUCGACACGUGGUGUACACAGAGGGGCGAGUCGAGGACUGGAUGAACUUGGUCCUUAUAGAAAUGCGAAGCACAAACAAGUUUAUAACAAAGAAAGCCAUUUUCUAUUAUGGAAAGAAUUGGAGAGUACCCAGAACGGAGUGGAUCUUGGAGUACCAAGGUAUGGUGUGCUUAGCCGCUAAUGGUGUUUGGUGGACGGCGGAAACGGAAGAAACGUUUGUACGCAUACGCAAGGGUAACAAGCGCGCUAUGAAGGAGCAUCUACAACAACAGAACGAGCAGCUCGACGGGCUUGUGGUCAAGGUCAGACAAGAUUUGACUUCGAACGACCGGCUGAAGUUCCGAACAAUCACGACGAUCGACGUGCACGCGCGCGACAUUAUCGAGGGAUUUGUACGCGACAACGUGACUGAGGCCGCGGAGUUCGAGUGGGAGAGCCAGCUGCGAUUCUACUGGCUUAAGCGGGAUGACAACCUCUGGAUCCGUCAGUGCACCGGUGUGUUCGAGUACGGAUACGAGUACAUGGGUCUGAACGGUCGUCUGGUGAUCACUCCGCUGACUGACCGCAUUUAUCUCACCAUCACUCAAGCUCUCACAAUGCAGCUGGGCGGCGCGCCUGCCGGUCCAGCCGGCACCGGCAAGACGGAGACAACAAAAGAUCUGGCCAAAGCACUCGGUCUGUUGUGCGUGGUGACGAACUGCGGCGAGGGUAUGGACUUCCGCGCUGUCGGCCAGAUCCUGGCAGGGCUGUGCCAGUGCGGCGCCUGGGGAUGUUUCGACGAGUUCAACCGGAUUGACAUCUCCGUACUCUCGGUCAUAUCCACGCAGCUGCAGUGCAUCAGGAGCGCGCUGCUCAUGAAGCUCAAACGGUUUACGUUUGAAGGUCAAGAGAUAGCGAUGGACAGCAAAGUUGGUAUAUUCAUAACUAUGAACCCCGGGUACGCCGGUCGGACAGAACUGCCCGAGUCGGUGAAAGCAUUAUUCCGACCCGUCGUCUGCAUCCUGCCAGAUCUUGAGAUGAUAUGCCAGAUAUCGCUGUUUUCUGAUGGUUUCCUCACUGCUAAGGUGCUAGCUAAGAAGAUGACGGUGUUAUAUAAAGUGGCACGGGAACAACUGUCGAAACAGUCCCAUUAUGAUUGGGGAUUGCGCGCUCUCACCGCAGUACUGCGUAUGGCCGGCAAGUUACGUCGGGACUCGCCCGGGCUUAGUGAGAUCAUGGUGCUCAUGCGCGCACUCAGGGACAUGAACCAUCCAAAAUUCGUAUUCGAGGAUGUGCCCCUGUUUCUCGGUCUCAUCAAAGAUCUAUUCCCGGGGCUGGAGUGUCCGCGCGUCGGGUACCCAGAAUUCAACGCAACUGUGAUUGACGUUCUCGAGAAAGAUGGAUAUAUUGUACUUGAUCAUCAGGUCGACAAAGUAGUACAACUUUACGAGACUAUGAUGACGCGACACUGCUCUAUGCUGGUGGGACCCACCGGCGGCGGGAAAAGUGUUAUAUUGCAAACGCUCGUCAAGGCACAGACAAAUCUUGGUCUGCCUACUAAACUUACUGUACUUAACCCUAAGGCAUGCUCUGUGAUAGAAUUGUAUGGAAUUCUGGACCCUGUUACUAGAGAUUGGACGGAUGGGUUGUAUUCUAGAAUCUUCCGUGAAAUGAAUAGACCAGCUGAAAAGGAUGAACGUCGGUAUUCUCUAUUCGACGGCGACGUGGACGCCCUCUGGAUUGAAAAUAUGAACUCUGUGAUGGACGAUAAUAAACUGCUAACCUUAGCCAAUGGAGAGCGAAUACGCCUAGCGCCGUACUGUUCACUGCUGUUCGAAGUGGGUGAUCUGAACUACGCGUCACCAGCGACCGUAUCUAGAGCAGGAAUGGUGUUCGUCGAUCCGAAGAAUCUCGGUUAUCAGCCAUAUUGGGACCGAUGGCUUCGAUCCCGCAACAACGAAGCCGAGCGCGAACAGCUGGCUGGUCUGUUCGACCACUACGUACCCGGCGCCAUCAACUACAUAGUUUUCGGUAUGUUUGGGCUGCAGCAACAAACGCCGCUUAAAACCAUCGUGCCCCAAACACCAUUGAACCUCGUCGUCCAAUUGUGCUACAUGAUCAGCGGCCUGAUGCCAAAUAAAGAAGAUAGCAAUGAAGAAAUCGAUAGUAGCGUGGUCGAAUGCGUCUUUAUGGUUUCAAUGUACAACAGUCUGGGCGCAUCAAUAAUAGACGAGGGUCGAUUUGAUUUUGACAACUAUAUCAAGAAAGCGUGUCCCAUGAUGCUUGUAGAAGACAACCCUGAAAAAAAGGCCACCACCAAACACUUCCCAAUGGGUUUUCCAAGCCUGUACGACUAUUGCUUAGAGCUAUCAACCAAAACGUGGGAUGCGUGGGAGUGGCUGGUUCCUCCAUAUGAACACGACCGAGACAUGAAGUUCCCCGCAAUACUGGUGCCGACCGUGGACACCUUGCGACUCACCUGGCUCAUUAAAAUCAUGGAGAGCGUUGAAAGACCUGUACUUCUGGUCGGCGAUACGGGGACUUCUAAAACUGCUAUUAUUACCAAUUACCUGCGAGGCUUGCCUGCUGAUAAAUAUAUAAUCCAACAAAUGAACUUCUCUUCGCGCACCUCGUCUAUGGACGUCCAACGCAAUUUGGAGUCAGUGGUGGAGAAACGUACCAAAGAUACCUUCGGCCCACCCGUCGGCAAGAAGAUGCUAGUGUUUAUAGAUGAUAUGAACAUGCCUAUUGUUGAUACGUAUGGCACACAGCAACCUGUAGCCCUUUUAAAGCUGCUUUUCGAGAGAAAAGGCUUCUAUGACAGAGGGAGGGAUCUUACGUGGAAGAAUUUGAAGGAUAUUGGCUUUCUAGCCGCAAUGGGCAAGGCUGGUGGUGGAAGGAAUGAUGUGGAUCCUCGAUUCAUAUCUAUGUUCUCGGUAUACAACCUCCAAUUUCCAUCCGAAGCAACACUGCGCCAUAUCUACGUUUCGAUCCUGACCGGACACUUCAGCAUCUUCCCCGAAGAGAUACAGGAAAUUGUCGACAAAAUUGUCCAAAUGACGCUCGAUCUCUACAAAAUUAUAAUAAUAGAGUUGCCACCAACUCCGGCCAAGUUCCACUAUAUCUUCAAUCUGCGCGACCUGUCCCGGGUGGCGGCAGGCAUGUGCCUCACGCACCCCAACUACUUCAGCGAGAAACGGGCGGUGGUGAGAUGCUGGCGGAACGAGUUCACACGCGUCAUCUGCGACCGUCUCAUCAACACACAGGACAUCGAUCUGAUGCGUGUUCACAUACAAGAACAUGUGGUGAAAUAUUUCCCUGAAGAGGAGCCCAUAGUGUUAGAGGAGAUUGUCGUCCCCGAAGAGGAGGAAAAACCUGCAGAUGAUGAAGAAGACGAGUUUAUGGUAGGAGAACCAAAGGCAAAACCAGCCGAAACUGAGGAACAAGAGGCCACCAUAGAAGAAGAGGAGGAAAUGGAAGUGGAACGAGAACUUACUCUUGAAGAGUAUGUGAUACGCGACCCAUUGCUGUUCGGUGACUAUCGGAAUGCCCUCGAUGAAGAAGAGAUUCGAUACUAUGAGGACUUGCUGGACUACGAAGCUGUUUACUUCCUUUUCCAAGAGAUCUUGGACGAGUUUAACGAGCGCGUGGGCAAGAUGUCUGUGGUACUGUUCGAAGACUUUCUUGAGCAUCUGACGCGGCUGCAGCGCAUCCUGCGGAUGGACCGCGGCAACGCUAUGAUCAUUGGUGUCGGCGGCUCCGGGAAGAAGUCCAUCUGUCGCCUCGCUGCCUUCGCCGCUGGCUGCGAUGUAUUCGAGAUAACAGUGACUCGGAACUACAAUGAGAAUACAUUCAAGGAUGAUAUGAAGAGAAUGUAUAAUCAACUAGGCGUUGAUGGCAAGAAAACUGUAUUCCUGUUUACUGCUGCACAGAUUCUGGAGGAAGGAUUCUUGGAGUUCAUCAAUAACAUCCUGAUGAUCGGGAUGAUACCGGCGCUGUUUGGUGAUGACGAAAAGGAUGCGAUCAUCAACGCUGUACGUAAUGAGAGCAACGAAGCCGGUUAUGGGGUCGCUAAAGACGCUGUUUGGAACUAUUUUUGUAACAAAUGCGCUGACAAUCUACAUGUGGUGCUAUCAAUGUCGCCCAGCGGUGACAUAUUGAGAAAUAGAUGUCGCAGUUUCCCAGGUCUGGUUAAUAAUACAACUAUCGAUUGGCAGUUUCCGUGGCCAAAGCAGGCUCUUCUCGCUGUCGCUAAUGUAUUCCUCGCUGAUGUCCAAAAAAUCCCCGACGAGUUCCGUUCGAUAAUAGUGGAGCACGUGGUGCACGUGCACAUGUCUGUUGCACGCUACUCGGUGGAGUUUCUGGUGCGCCUGCGCAGGAAUAACUACGUCACGCCUAAACACUACAUGGACUUCCUCACCAAUUACAUUUCGCUGCUCAACGAGAAGGACGCCUUCAUAGUCGUCCAGUGCGAACGUCUAAAAGGUGGUCUGGCGAAAAUCGAGGAAGCUAAUGUACAACUCGAAGAUCUGAACGCUAAACUCGCCGUCCAGAAGAUCAUAGUCGCAGAGCAAACCAAGGAGUGCGAGAUACUGCUGAAAGAGAUAUCUACUGCUACUGAAGCUGCAGUAGCCAAGCAGCAAGUGGCAGCAAUUAAAUCCGUGGAGAUAACGGAACAGAGCGUAGUGAUUGCUGAAGAGAAAUCGGAAGCGGAGGAAGCGCUGUCGGCAGCGAUGCCAGCGCUUGAGGCGGCUAGAUUAGCUCUCGCCGACCUCGAAAAGAAUGAUAUUACUGAAAUUAGAUCGUUUGCUACCCCACCAGAAGCCGUACAGGUGGUAUGUGAAUGUGUGGUGAUCAUCCGCGGCAUAAAGGACGUGAGCUGGAAAGGAGCGAAGGGCAUGAUGGCCGAUCCCAACUUUUUACGCAACCUGCAAGAGAUGAACUGCGAUCUAAUCACGCAGAACCAGGUUAAGGCAGUGAAGGCGCACAUGAAGAAGAGCAAGAAAUUGGACACGAUGCAACAGAUUAGUAAAGCUGGGUACGGUUUGCUUAAAUUCGUAAUUGCCGUGCUUGGUUACUGCGCUGUCUACAAAGAGGUGAAGCCAAAGAAAGAUAAAGUGGAAGCACUCGAAAAGGAAUACACCGAGGCUGUGAAUUAUCUAUCGUCCUUGAACCGAGAAAUUGACCGGCUGCAACAUACUCUGGAUGGUUUAAACAACAGAUAUGAAACGGCCAUGCUGAGGCGCCAAGAGUUGCAGGAGGAAACGGAUAUCAUGAUGAGGCGUUUAGUGGCCGCUGACAAGCUAAUGUCAGGGUUGUCAAGCGAACAGAAGCGCUGGACUAUAGACUUGGCAGCGCUAUACGUUGAACAAUCUAGGCUAAUCGGGAACUGUCUAUUGGCGUCCUCGUUUUUGAGUUACGCGGGACCAUUCUCGUUCUCGUUCCGGCAGACUAUGAUAUAUGAGGAUUGGUUGGGUGAUGUCUUAGAGCGAGGUAUACCGUUGACUACGCCGUUUACGAUUGAAAAGAAUUUGACUAAUGAAGUUGAAAUUAGUGGGUGGAACUCUGAGGGCCUACCACCGGAUGAGUUGUCCGUACAGAAUGGUAUACUGACGAUUCGCGCGUCGCGUUUUCCGCUGUGCAUCGAUCCGCAGACGCAGGCCCUCACCUGGAUCAAGAAGAAGGAGGCCAAGAAUAAUCUCAAGGUUUUAUCUUUCAACGAUCCGCAAUUCCUGCGCCAAUUGGAAAUGGCCAUCAAAUACGGAAUACCGGUCCUCUUUCAGGAUGUAAACGAGUACAUUGAUCCAGUAGUAGAUAAUGUUCUCGAGAAAAAUAUAAAAGUGGAAAGUGGGCGCACCUUCGUAAUCCUCGGCAGUUCUGAAGUAGAUUACGACCCUAACUUCCGCAUGUACUUAACCACAAAGCUAGCCAACCCACAAUUCAACCCCGCCGCGUACGCCAAAGCGGUGGUCAUCAACUAUACAGUGACUGUGCAGGGUUUAGAAGACCAGCUCCUCAGCGUGGUAGUGAGAGCGGAGCGUGCUGAUUUGGAAGAACAACGCGAGAAUUUGAUCAUAGAGACGAGCGCCAACAAAAGUCUGCUGUCAGGACUGGAGGAUUCUCUGCUGCGCGAGCUUGCCACCUCCACCGGCAAUAUGCUCGACAACGUUGAACUUGUAAACACUCUGGAGAAUACAAAGUCUAAAGCCGCGGAAGUAAUGGAAAAAUUGGAGCUCGCCGAAGCGACUACAAAGGACAUAGAGAUACUGCGCGACGGUUACCGUCCGGUGGCCAAGCGCGGCUCCAUACUGUUCUUCGUACUGUCCGACAUGGCGGGGGUGAACAGCAUGUACCAGUAUUCGCUCUCAUCAUAUUUAGAUGUGUUCUCGUUUUCGCUGCGCAAGUCGAUGCCGAACGUGAUCUUAGCGAAACGUUUAAGAAACAUCAUCGACAUGCUCACUAAGAAUGUAUACGACUACGGUUGCACAGGUAUAUUCGAGCGUCAUAAGCUUCUGUUCUCGUUCCAAAUGGAUAUAAAGCUGGAACAAAGCGAGGGCAAUGUGAGUCAGCCCCAGCUGGACUUCUUCAUAAAGGGUAACGUCUCGCUGGAGAAGUCACCUAGAGCCUGCCCCGCCACCUGGAUACCUGCGCAGGGAUGGCAGGAUAUAAUGAAGUUAAGUGUCGACUUUCCGGAGUCGUUCGGAGAAUUACCCGAUCACAUCACUAGAGGAGUCGGCGUCUGGCAGGAGUGGUUCGACAGCGACACGCCCGAGUCUGCGGAGGUGCCGAACGGGUACCGUGAGCGUCUGCAGCCGUUCGAGUUGCUGAUGCUGCUGCGGUGCUUUCGCGUUGACCGCAUCUACCGCGCGCUCACGGACUACAUCACGGUCACCAUGGGGGAGGAGUAUAUAACACCGCCGGUUAUCAGUUUAGACAUGAUAGUGGAGCAAACGACACCGUAUACUCCGGUGGUGUUUAUCCUGAGUCCAGGGUCGGACCCUACAGCGGAUCUCAUGAAGCUCGCAGACCGAUGCGGCUUUGGCGGCGGCAAGUUCAAAUACCUCUCGUUGGGUCAAGGACAGGAAGGGGCAGCACUGGCGCUACUGGAAGGUGCUAUCUCCCACGGGCAAUGGCUAAUACUACAGAACUGCCAUUUACUGGUAUCAUUCCUACGCGAAUUGGAGAAGCAAUUGGAGUUGAUGGAGAAACCGCACCCUGAAUACCGGCUCUGGUUGACCACGGACCCUACGCCUACCUUCCCAAUAGGAAUAUUGCAGAGAUCGCUCAAAGUGGUGACGGAGCCCCCUAACGGGCUGAAGUUAAAUCUGCGCAACACAUACUUCAAGAUGCGCGCGCACGCACUCGAGGAGUGCCCCCACCCGCAGUUCAAAAAACUCGUCUACGUUCUCGCCUUCUUUCAUGCUGUUGUGCAGGAGCGCCGCAGGUAUGACAAAAUCGGUUGGAACAUAGCGUACGACUUCAGCGAAUCAGACUUCGUGGUCAGCAUGCAGAUACUGCAGUGCUACCUCGACCGCUGCACAUCCGCCGGCGGACCUAUACCCUGGGCAACCCUCAAAUAUCUCUUCGGAGAGGUGAUGUACGGGGGUCGUGUGAUCGACGACUUCGAUCGUCGCGUGGUUCGUACCUAUAUGGAGGAGUACAUGGGGGAGUUCCUGUUCGACAAGUUCCAGCCGUUCCACUUCUACCACGACGCGGUGUUCGACUACGUGAUACCGCCAGAGGGCGAGAGGGAGGAGUAUAUCGAGUUCAUCGACACGCUGCCGCUAGCGAACACGCCCGAGGUGUUCGGGCUGCACCCCAACGCGGAGAUCGGGUACUUCAGUCAGGCCGUGCGCGAGAUGUGGGGACACCUUAUUGAGUUACAACCGCAGACAAGCGAGAGCGGCGGCGCUAUGAGUCGAGAAGACUUCAUCGACAUGAUCGCUGUGGACGUGAUGAGCAAGCUGCCCGCAGUCUACGAGAUCUGGCGCGUGCGCAAACAAUUCGAAAUGAACAUAACCCCCACACUUGUUGUGUUGUUACAAGAACUAGAGAGGUUCAAUCGGCUCAUCAGCCGCAUGCGAAGCACCCUGUCUCUGCUGCGCAAAGCUCUUGCGGGCGAGAUCGGUAUGGACGCGGUACUCGACAACGUGUCGUACAGCCUGUUCAACGGGCAGCUGCCACUCGUGUGGCGACAGCUGGCGCCGGCCACCUGCAAGAGGCUCGGCGGAUGGAUGGACCACUUCAUUGCACGCACCAAGCAGUACACGGACUGGGCGACUAUCGAAGAGCCGGUGGUGGUGUGGCUGUCGGGGCUGCACAUCCCGGAAUCAUACCUGAUCGCGCACGUGCAGAUCGCGUGCCGACUGUACACUUGGCCGCUGGAUCGCUCCACGCAGUUCACGCGCGUCACCCGCUGGACCUCGGCCGACGACAUCGAGGAGCGUCCACUCACGGGUUGCUAUGUUCGCGGACUGUACUUGGAAGGGGCGCGGUGGGAUCUGGAGGAGGGCUGCCUGCGACGCUCGCAUCCCAAGGUCCUCGUCACCGAGCUGCCCAUCAUGUACAUCAUACCCAUAGAGUUCCACAAGUUGAAACUGCAAAAUACAUUACGGACGCCUGUAUAUACCACGUCGCAGCGACGCAACGCUAUGGGCGUAGGCUUGGUAUUCGAGUCAGACCUGUGGACCGCGGAACACUGCAGCCACUGGAUCCUACAGGGGGUCUGUUUAAUCAUGAACACAGACUGAAUUUUCAUAUGUUUAACGACUGAUAGUUUAUAAGGUUUAUAAUACCAUACAUCCAAUUCGGUGUAUGUUAAACUAUUUUCAUUAUAUUUACACCGAUGACUGACUUCUUUAUGAAACUAUUAUACUCGUACUCUAGUCACAUUAUAUAAAUAUAUAAUAAGUGUUCUAGACCAAACAAUAAGGAAUUUUAUAUUGAGUUAAUAUCAAUACUAUUAUUGGUUUGUUACAAUCAACUGAAUUUUUAUAGUCAAGUAGUAUUUAAUGACUGAUAGCUAAUAAGAUUCAUAAUGCCAUAGGCUCAAUUCAGUGUAUGUUGACUCUAUCUUCCACAUUUAGCCUCGCAUUUGCGUCUUUUAGUCUACUAAUUCAGCAUCAAUGACAGCCUUCUUUAUAAAUUUAUUAUU